CUCGCGAGAAGAUGGCGGCCGGGUUCAAAACUGUGGAACCUCUGGAGUAUUACAGGAGAUUUUUGAAAAAGAACUGCCGUGCUGAUGGAAGAGAACUUGGUGAAUUCACAACCACAACUGUCAACAUAGGUUCAGUUAGUACUGCAGAUGGUUCUGCUCUAGUGAAGCUGGGAAAUACUGCAGUCAUUUGUGGAAUCAAAGCGGAAUUUGCAGCACCACCACCAGAUGCCCCUGAUAAAGGAUAUGUUGUUCCUAAUGUGGAUCUACCACCUCUGUGUUCAUCGAGAUUUCGGUCUGGACCUCCUGGAGAAGAGGCCCAAGUAGCUAGCCAGUUCAUUGCAGAUGUCAUUGAAAAUUCACAGAUAAUUCUGAAAGAGGACUUAUGCAUUUCUCCAGGGAAGCUUGCUUGGGUUCUAUACUGUGAUCUCAUUUGCCUUGACUAUGAUGGAAAUAUUUUGGAUGCCUGUACAUUUGCUUUGUUGGCAGCUUUAAAAAAUGUACAGUUGCCUGAAGUUACUAUAAAUGAAGAAACUGCUUUAGCAGAAGCUAAUUUAAAGAAGAAACGUUAUUUGAACAUUAGAACUCAUCCAGUUGCUACCUCCUUUGCGGUCUUUGAUGACACUCUGCUCAUAGUGGACCCUACUGGAGAGGAGGAACAUCUGGCAACUGGGACCCUAACAGUAGUAAUGGACGAGGAAGGCAAGCUAUGUUGUCUUCACAAACCAGGUGGAAGUGGGCUGACUGGAGCUAAACUUCAGGACUGUCUGAGCCGAGCAGUUACAAGGCACAAAGAAGUAAAAAAACUGAUGGAUGAAGUAAUUAAGAGUAUGAAAGCCAAAUAACUACGUUUUCAAAACGUAGUUAUAUUUGUAAAAACUGUAUUUAUUACACUGUGCACAAAUCUUUCAUACUAAAUAAAUAUCAAACUACAUUUUUCU